AAUAGUAAAGAAUCUCCCAAUCUCCUCUGCCCUGCCUUUCGCCCAUCCUCUCCUUUGUUCUUCCCUUCUUCCUCCGCUUCAACCUCUCAGCCUUCUCUUCACUCUCCCUCACCGGAAAAUGGGCUCCACCGGGCAAUCAGCGGAGACCCAGAUGACCCCGACCCAGGUCUCCGACGAGGAGGCCAACCUCUUCGCUAUGCAGCUGGCCAGCGCCUCCGUCCUCCCCAUGGUCCUCAAGGCCGCCCUGGAGCUCGACCUCCUCGAGAUCAUGGCCAAGUCAUGCCCCGCCAGAGGCGGCUACAUCUCCUCCUCCGACAUCGCCGUCCAGCUCCCCACCAUCAACCCCGAGGCCCCCGUCACGCUCGACCGCGUCCUCCGCCUCCUGGCCAGCUACUCCGUCCUCACAUGCAAGCUCAGGGACCUCCCCGAUGGGAAGGUCGAGAGGCUCUACGGGCUCGGCCCCGUCUGCAAGUUCUUGACGAAGAACGAGGACGGCGUAUCGAUCGCUCCGCUCUGCCUCAUGAACCAGGACAAGAUCCUCAUGGAGAGCUGGUAUCACUUGAAAGAUGCGAUUCUCGAAGGUGGAAUCCCGUUCAACAAAGCCUACGGAAUGACUGCGUUCGAGUACCAUGGCACUGAUCCCCGAUUCAACAAGGUCUUCAAUAGGGGAAUGUCGGAUCACUCUACUAUUACCAUGAAGAAGAUCCUCGAGACAUACAAGGGCUUUGAGGGCCUGAACACAAUUGUCGAUGUCGGUGGUGGAACCGGAGCCGUGCUUAGUAUGAUCGUGGCUAAGUACCCAUCGAUCAAGGGCAUCAACUUCGACCUGCCACACGUGAUCGAAGAUGCUCCUUCUUUGCCGGGUGUGGAGCAUGUCGGAGGGGACAUGUUUGUCAGCGUUCCGAAAGGAGAUGCCAUCUUCAUGAAGUGGAUAUGUCACGACUGGAGCGACGAGCACUGCCUCAAGUUCCUCAAGAACUGCUACGCCGCGCUUCCCGACCAUGGGAAGGUGAUUGUGGCUGAGUGCAUCCUCCCAUUGUCUCCUGACCCGAGCCUUGCGACCAAGGGAGUGAUCCACAUCGACUGCAUCAUGUUGGCCCACAACCCAGGCGGGAAGGAGAGGACAGAGAAGGAGUUCGAGGCCUUGGCUAAGGGGGCGGGAUUCGAAGGGUUCCGCGUGGCGUGCUGCGCUUUCAACACCUACGUGAUGGAGUUCCUCAAGAAGGCUUAAAAUUUUCCGGGAUUUCGGGUACAUAUACAAGCAUUGAUUGCUGGUUCUUGUGGUGGUUAAUGGGACGUCUUCUUGCUGAUGGAGUUUUCCUAUGUAUUGGUAAUCUUAGUAUUUCCUUCUUACAAAAAGAAAAAUAAUAAGAAAAAGAGUGAUUUUUGUGCUGCUUGUGAUGAAGAAAUGCUCUCGUACAUGUGGAAUAAACUGAACAUGUUAAAUUGUAAAUUGAUUAAUGCUAAAAUAUUUUUCCGGUUAAUGCUAAA